UCAUUCAUUCUUCCUCGCCCUCUCCCCCUCCAAGUACAAAAAUUCCUCCUUCCUUUUUUUUGUAACAUUAUUUAAUUUAUUUUUUUCGACUCAGAAAUGAGAGAAAUUCUUCACAUUCAAGCAGGCCAAUGUGGCAACCAAAUCGGAGGAAAAUUCUGGGAAGUAGUCUGCGAUGAACACGGCAUCGACGCCACCGGAAACUACCACGGAGACUCCCAUGUUCAGCUAGAGAGGGUGAAUGUGUACUACAAUGAGGCUAGUGGUGGCAGGUACGUGCCACGAGCCGUGCUGGUGGAUCUCGAGCCUGGCACUAUGGAUAGCCUGAGGACAGGGCCUUAUGGAAAUAUUUUCAGGCCUGAUAACUUUAUUUUCGGACAAAAUGGCGCUGGUAACAACUGGGCUAAGGGUCAUUACACUGAGGGAGCUGAACUUAUUGAUUCAGUUCUUGAUGUUGUCCGCAAAGAAGCUGAGAAUUGUGAUUGCCUUCAAGGGUUUCAAAUAUGUCACUCACUGGGAGGAGGUACUGGAUCUGGUAUGGGAACACUAUUGAUAUCGAAGAUCAGGGAAGAGUAUCCUGAUCGGAUGAUGUUGACUUUUUCGGUCUUUCCUUCUCCGAAAGUCUCGGAUACGGUGGUGGAACCUUACAAUGCCACCCUCUCCGUCCACCAACUGGUCGAGAAUGCUGAUGAAUGUAUGGUGCUUGACAAUGAAGCUCUGUAUGAUAUCUGUUUCCGUACACUCAAGCUCACUAAUCCCAGCUUCGGUGAUUUGAACCACUUGAUCUCCACAACCAUGAGCGGUGUAACAUGCUGCCUCCGUUUCCCGGGACAACUCAACUCCGAUCUCCGAAAACUAGCCGUAAAUCUGAUCCCCUUCCCUCGCCUCCACUUUUUCAUGGUCGGUUUCGCGCCUCUAACUUCCCGCGGCUCUCAACAAUACCGUUCCCUCACAAUCCCCGAACUCACUCAACAAAUGUGGGACUCCAAGAACAUGAUGUGCGCCGCUGACCCGCGCCACGGCCGUUACCUCACAGCCUCGGCCAUGUUCCGCGGCAAAAUGAGUACUAAAGAAGUCGACGAACAAAUGAUCAAUGUCCAGAACAAAAACUCCUCGUACUUUGUCGAGUGGAUUCCCAACAAUGUCAAGUCAAGUGUCUGUGACAUUCCUCCCACGGGCCUGGCCAUGUCUUCGACUUUCAUGGGGAAUUCGACGUCGAUUCAGGAGAUGUUUAGGCGUGUUUCGGAGCAGUUCACUGUGAUGUUCAGGAGGAAAGCGUUUCUGCAUUGGUACACAGGGGAGGGAAUGGAUGAGAUGGAGUUCACUGAGGCCGAAAGCAACAUGAAUGACUUGGUUUCGGAGUAUCAGCAGUAUCAGGAGGCUGUGGCGGAUGAUGAUCAGGAAGAUGAGUAUGAUGAUGAAGAGGGGAUGGAGAAUUGAGAUUGGAGAAAUGUGAAGCACAGUGAUCAGAUUAACUUAUAUGUGGCGAGUACAUAUUGGUGUGGUUUGAUGAAUUGAUUCAGGUUAUGAGGUGGUGAAAUAAGAAGACCUGUUGUGUUGGAGUAAUUGCUUGUUUUCUCUCUAUGUUUUGUGAAGCAUCUUCAUCUGUCUUUUUUCCUGUAAAUUGUAUUCAUUGUCAUUUUUUAUGGAAAUUGUAAGCUUUUUUUCA